AUGCAAACCCUAACUGACUCGACACAAAACAAACUACUACGAGAAACAGAGGUUCUGCAAGGGAAGCUUGCAACUACACGUCAGGCCCUCCAGAGACAGACUGCAAAAAAUAAAUACCUCAAGAAAAAAGGUAGUGUAAGAUAAGACUUGACAAAAGUAAUUCAUGACUUAUACCAUUAUAAUGCCUGCGCAGCAGUCAAUCAGAGCACCUGUACUAUUGUAACCAUAAUUAUAAUAAAAUAAUGUUCAGAACAAAUAGGUAGUGAGUAGUGAGUUUUUUCUGGCAUAUUAUUUUUUGGGGGUCUAUUUAUGUUUUGAAGUAUUUUUCAGGGUUGAACAUUUUCAUGCCUUGGUAUUUUUAGGACAUUUUUUCAGAUCUUGUGACAUGCAUUGCUAUCUUUUUCACCUAAAAUGCUUCUCUACUAACCCAGCAUAACUGUUUUAUUUGUUUCCACUUUUAGUACAACAACUAUCAAAGAAACUGAAUGAAAAUGAAGAGAGUGAAAGGAAAUUGAGUGCUGAAGAGCAGGAGGAGGAAGAAGAGGAAGAGGGGGAUCUAGAAGAGGAAGAAGAUCAAUACGCUGAUGAGGAAACCGAUACAGAAACAACUGAAGAAGAACCUGAUUUUACUUCUGGAUCCAACUAUGAACCAGCCAGUGAGAGUGCGGAGGAUGGCGACGCUGGGGAUUCAGAUGUUGGCGAAGUUUUUAAAUCGACCCGGUUAGAAGACAUAAUUUUUUUGCUAAAUGAUAGCUGACCACCAUUCCUUGAUAUUGAGAAUAACAAGCUUGUAUACAAGGGUCACCUAUUGACGAUUGUAGCUUAAGCCUUUAUAUUUGCUUUCAGAGUCAAAUCACCAAAAGAUGGCAACCUUAGGACCGAGCCGAAAUUCAUUGUCUUUCUAUCACAGCUGAUGUUGCUGUUCCAGUCGUGCCAUGUUUGCAAGGGCAAGAAUCCACCAGACGUUGAAGCUCAACAGAUUGGCACCAAAGCUGUCAUCACCACUGUCUGCACAAAUCCAGGAUGCUGUGCAGAAUCUACAUGGCACAGCCAGCCAAAUAUGCCAGGCACGAAACUUCCUGCUGGGAAUUUUCUUCUUUGCAUGUCCAUCCUGUUCGAUGGUGGUUCAAUAACAAAAAUAAGACAGAUCUUCAACCAUAUGGGUUUGGCAUGUGUAUUGGUGAACACCUUCUUCAAACAUCAAAGAGUGAGUCAAAAUUAACAUUUACCUUGUGUUGUGAUGUGCUGAAACCAAAAAAGAAUCAUUGUUCUUGGUUUGCAACCAUGUAACAAAGCUGCCAUGUUAGAUGACAAAACAAUAUUUUUUUUCAAGAAUUUGCAUGAAAAAAGAGUUUAGUUCCCAGGGAAGAGAUAAAAUUUUGUUCUUGUAAUCCAGCAUGGUCGCCAUGACGUCAGCUGCAAACCAGCAAUAACAUUAGUUUUGUCUCAAUUUGUAACGGAGCACCUGUUCAUUAGACAGGUCUGUAAUAAAAAAUAUUAGAUAAUUUUUGUUAUAUUAGUACACUCAAUUCCCUCUUUGUUCUGAAAAUAUCUGGUGUUUCAUUUUUUCAUACUUUUCAGAGUCAUCUGUUCCCUACUGUGCACCUCUUCUGGAAAGAUUAUCAAACCAGGCUACUGGCAAAGCUGAAGGAUCUUGGUACUGGCCUUGUACUUGCAGGCGAUGGGUGUCACGACAGUAUGGGGCACUGUGCCAAGUUUGGUGUAUACACCAUAUUAUGUUGUACAGCCAUUCCAUCCAUAAUCCAUUUUGCACUUGUACAGGUAUGCACAACAUGGAUGGCUACAAUAGUAUUAUCUUUUUGAGCAAAGCAAAAAAUUUUUGCUAGGUUUACAUUCUCAGAUCCACAGUAAAUUUCAAAGUAUUGUGAACACAUGCAAUUAUUGCAAAGUGGUUAAGGUAACUAAACCAAAUUAUGUUGAUAUUUUCCUUUUUCAGAGGAAUCAAGCUGGCAACAACCCUGCAAUGGAGUUCAUGGGUUUUCAGCUGUGCAUGAACUUCCUUGCUGGAUGUGGCAUUGUAAUAACCACCUUUAUCUCAGGCCGUCACACCCAGAUUGCAGCCUACUUCAAGACAGUCCUCAAACACAUCACACAAUACUUUGAACUCUGGCAUUUAAAGAAAAGUGAGAUUAAAACUUAGUCAUCUACCCUGACUCCAACAGCUCCCCACUGUGUUUUGAGCAGCAACAUGUCUUACUUAGAGAUCUUGAGAAAAAUUACAGAAAGCUUAUGGGUCAAGCCUCGAUGACAUUAGUUAGAAUUUUUAUUUAAUAAUCUAAUAACUUCUCCGUUGCUUUUACAUGUAUAACAGUUGUCAUAAGCAGUUAUAACAUCUGUAUUUGAUUUAAUCAUUGAAGAUUAUACCCUUACAACAAUGCACAUGUCAUAUCCAGUUCACAUUUUUAUAGUACUGGGUUUAAGGUUUUAGCUAGAAAACAGCUAUGCAAGUAAUAAUAACAGUUGUAGGAGGCAAAAUAGGCUUUGGUUUGAACCUCUCUUCAAUAAAUCAAUAAUUUUUGUUUUUAUUAAUUUGUAAACAGAGGUCAAGAAACUAAUUUCAAAACUUGCAAAAGAGAAAGACAAUGAGCAGGAGUGGAUAAAGCCAUGCACAAAGCAUCUUCACUGGAGUGCUACAACCACACCAAGUGGAAAUGGAAAAAUCAUCUGGGCUAAGUUUAAAUCAUUCCUAAGCCACAUUGUUAACAAACAUUCGGACUUAGACGAUCCUCUCUUUAAUAAAUGUGCCCAUGGAGAGAUUAAUGAUAGGACAUGGCUUCAGACAGGUGAGAAAAUCUCCCACUCUAACACUUGUGACGGUCAGUUGUUUUCUAAUGUGGUUUUGAUUUAGACUACAAGUAGUCUUUCUUUUUUUAGCCUGCAAAGUGAAAUGCACAAGACACAAAAAUGAUUUAGUGUGUGACUCAAGGCGUGAGAUGAAAGAGGCGAGAAAAAGUGGGCUCUGCCCUUGCUCUUUUUUCUCCCAGCUUAACGCUCAUACCUUUUCCUCAUUAACUGUGAAGAAAAGAAAAAGGAAAGAAACUGCUCGCAGUCAAGUUUGAUUUCUUCCAUGUUGUUAAAUCAAAAUCCCUAUUUUAUAACUCAUUCUUCGCUUCUGUGAGAGUGUAGCAAAUUUUACUCAAAUACACACUGAUAUUAGUUCUGAUCAUUACUGUUUGUCUUCAACAGAUGACAAAGCCUAUGAAAGGUUAUGCAAAGUGCUGACAACUAACAGCCUGAAGAAGGGGAUUCAACAGGCAUCACCAAUCGACCAAACAGAUUGCUUGGAAGGGUUCCAUUCUGUACUAAAUCAGUUUGCCCGAAAGAUGAUUGCAUAUUCUUAUGUUAGGGUGCUUUGCAGGUAGUUGUAAUAUAGGCAUAUCAAGGGGAGGGUUGCGAUAGGUGUACUUCCUUCAGAAACAGCUUUAUCUCCUUUUCUUCCAAAUAUUUUUAUUAGUAUAAUCUGGACAGUUGCCAAUAAAAAUUAAUGUUAUGGCAGUGCAUCCCACGAUGCAAAUAAUGGUACCCUACUGGCUGCUAACAUUUCAAGUGCAAACAUCGUGUAAUUUUUUAAUCUAUUUUCCAGG